CUGCACUGAACUCAGUAGGUUUAACCUUCUUUGACAAUCAACGUUCUUCUUAUUACACUUAAAGAUCUACGGACGAUUAUGGAUCCCUGCGAAUGUGCUAAGGGUGGAACCUGCAGCUGCGGUUCAUCCUGCAAAUGCACAAACUGCAAGUGCACAACUUGCAAGAAAAGCUGCUGCUCCUGCUGUCCAUCUGGCUGCAGCAAGUGUGCCUCUGGAUGUGUAUGCAAAGGUGAUGCCUGUGGUUCUGGCUGCUGUCAGUGAGGAAUUGAUGACCCUGAAACCCAGGAUGUAAAUCUUUGUAUUGCCACUGUACCGUGUCACUGUCUUUUUUUUGUUUUUUUGUUAAUAAAAUCCAUUGAUGUCUA